AUGGACCCAAAUCAGAUAGAGGGAUGCAGUCUUUGGUGGAAGGGCCCUGAAUGGUUAGGGCAAAAUCAUUAUCCGGAGCAGCCAGGCACCUUGGAGUCUCAAAUAGCAGAAGAGGAAAUUCGUCGUACCGCACAUCCAACCACCAGUCGAGUAUCAGACUUCAGUGAAGACUAUGUUCGAAGGUUUUCGUCAUAUACCAAACUAAUACGCAGUAUCGCUUAUUGGAUGCGGCUCAUGCGUAUUCUUAAGAAAUCUGAAGAAAACUGCAAAAACUUACUAACCGUCGAAGAAUUGGAACAAGCAGAAUUUUCUCUCAUCCACUGCAUCCAGCAAGAAUCAUUUCCUGCUGAGUGGAAGGCGUUAAUGAAAAACGAAAACGUACAUCGAAGUUCACCACUUAGAUGGUUUUCCCCACGAAUAUCAUCAGAAGGACUAAUUCGCGUGGGAGGCAGAUUAGGAAGAUCCAUGGAAUCGGAAAAAACGAAGCACCCCAUUGUGCUACCAGCUAAACACCCGUUUACUAAGAUGUUAUUCGAGUACUAUCACAUCAAGUUACUUCAUGCUGGUUCUCAACUACUGCUAAGCACAGUGAGACUAAAGUAUUGGCCACUUGGUGGCAGAAAUGUUCCACGACAGGUUGUGCAUAAUUGCAUGAAAUGCUUUCGAGCGAAACCCAGCCCUAUUGAGCAGUUCAUGGGAGAACUACCUCAAGCACGUGUCACCGUAGCUCGAGCAUUUCUAAGGACAGGCAUCGACUAUUUUGGCCCAGUGUACAUUCGGCCAGCUCCAAGAAAACCAGCGGUUAAGGCAUACGUAUCAGUCUUUAUUUGCCUGUGUACGAAGGCUGUACACCUAGAACUCGUGUCCAAUUUAUCCACAGAACGUUUUCUCCAAGCUUUACGACGAUUCAUCGGUAGAAGAGGAUACUGUUCGGACAUCUAUUCGGACAAUGGGAUGAACUUUGUUGGAGCACGGAAUUAUCUGCGUGAGAUUCUCAAAUUGCUGCGCAACGAUCACCACAAGGAAGCAGUUUCGAAGGAGUGUGCGAACAACAAUAUCCAAUGGCACUUUAUACCCCCAGGAGCACCUCACUUCGGAGGACUCUGGGAAGCAGCAGUCAGAUCAGCCAAAAAACAUCUUUUGAAGGUUCUAGGAGAGAACGCGGUUUCAUUUGAGGACAUGACUACGCUUUUGGUGCAAGUAGAAAACUGCCUCAACUCCAGACCAAUUACAGCGUUAACGGAUGAUCCUGACAAUCUUGAGCCUCUAAAACCGGGACAUUUUCUUAUUGGGGAACCUCUACAACAAAUACCGGAGAGAAAUGUUCGCGAUGUACCCUUGAACAGGUUGAACAACAAUCAAACGUUGCAGAAAAGAAUCCAGCACUUUUGGGAUCGUUGGCGAGUUGAAUACCUGACGCAACUUCAAGGGCGGUUCAAAAGAUGGAAGACACCAAUUGAAAUCAAGAUCGGGCAGCUAGUUGUCAUCAAGGAUGAUAACUUACCACCAAGUCGUUGGAAGAUGGGAAGAGUAGAUCGAGUUUUUCCAGGACCUGAUGGAGUCGUAAGGGUCGUUACUUUGAAGACUGCAACAGGACCUUCUACGCGCCCAGUCGAAAAGCUUUGUGUUUUACCAGCGUCGUCUCAACCAGAUUACAAGCAGCCUAGUUUAUCGGAGAAAGAUCAGUAG